UUUCAGCUGGGCACACUAAAAUGUCUCGAAGUUCGGAAAAAAUAAAACUCGUUGAUGAAAGGAUCUACAAAAAAAUCCAGGAUAAGGAUGAUGGACCGAGGAUAACUCCACGCAGCUCCAAGUACAAAAACCAACACAGAAAAGCGGAGCAGCAGUCGACGCUCCUAGACUUUGUGGUCAAGCCACGCCAGACACAAAGGCAAAUCAAAACACGGAAGCUCAGGAAGCGGCCGCAUCUAACAAUAACAACAAGGUGUUCGUAUAUUGCACCCAAAGCCAAAGGCAAGACGCGACUGGUUCCCAAGAAGAAGGAAACCAGGCUUAAGAAGUCCAUACGGAGGUUUCGCACCUUGAAGAAGGCUGAUGGGGAAGCUGAAGAGAUCGCCCAGGAGAAGCAUUUCGAGAACCUCUUUUCGGUGGAGGUACAAUUGCAGAAGCUAUCCCUUGAUGAAAUCACAAAAGAAGAUUUAGGAGAGACGAAGAAAGUGCCCUCCAUUCAUUCCCGACGCUUUAGAAGCUAUUGCGACAACUGCACCCGCCCUCACCUCAAGCAGUUGGCCAUCCAGUUGCUCAAGGAUCUGGAUCGCUUCCAGAAACGUGCCUUCGUCAAAAAUGAGAUCAAGGCGCGAGCCCAUCCUCGAAUUGUACUGGGAAUCCGCGAGGCCUUGGCCAGGCUUAGGAUUCGUAAAGUGAAGCUUCUGCUUAUGGCCACCGAUUGCGAGGUCUGUCCCGGUGAAAGUGGACUGGAUGAGACGAUAGAAGGCCUUAAAACCCUUUGCCAGCAGCAGAGGGUGCCCUACUGCUUUCCUCUGGCUAGACGUGAACUAUCCUAUGCCCUCCAGAAGCGGGCCCAAAUCUCCUGCGUUGCCAUUCUAGAUUACGAUGGAGCCCAUGAAGUAUACAAUGAUCUUAUGAAGGAACUAGAGGAUGCCCGUGAUGAAUACAAACGCUUGACUGCUGUUACGUGAUAAUAUAAUUAUUCUGUGACGGAAAGACAUAAAUAUAAGUGCCAGGAGGUGCCAAAGAAAACAUC